GUUUACUCAGUAUAUAUAUUUGUAAUCUUUCCUACUUUGAAGUUUAACUGAACUGAUGAACCUUGACUUUGAUGCUUUUAAAAUUUUAGUCUCUUUAGAAGAACUUUCUUUUAUUUAUAUAUGAGCGUGCUUACAGUGGAUAGUUUGUCUGUGAUGGUUCCAUCACCAUAUUAAGAGGCCUAUUUCUGGUGAUUAUAACCUUUUUAAAUUUGAUUUAUUAUUUAGAUGUAUUUGGACUAAAGCUUGUAAUAGCCCAAUUUAGAGUUUUUGAAGCUCGUCUUCAGUGAAUUUUCUAGUCAUACAAACAAAGUGAUAAGUAGAUUGGUCUGAGAUGGAGGGCAGAGAAGGAAGUCAUAUCUGGGAAAGUUCAUAUGUGGUAACAAACACUGUGAUGAAAAAGAUGACUUGGCUAGCAAUGAGUGGUGUGGAUGUUAAGCAUCACUCAUACAAUGAGAAGGUCAACUUUAGUUAUUCUGAAGCUGGAGAAAACAAACAAGCACUUGUGAAAUUGGUAACUUGUGAGAGAUGUGCGGAUAAGCUUCAUUACAAAAGGCAGAAAGAGAAGGAGCAAUCAGAAAAAAGAGAACGAGAAGAAAACAAAAGAAAGAGGAAUCGGUCAAGGAGUAUUGAUGAAACAGUUAAUGACUGCGAAGGGAGGAAGGAGAGAAGAAAAGGUCUGAACAUUCCUCUGGUUAUACUCCAUUUUUUGCAUGAUGAGACGUUCUUGUGCUUAUAUUCAGUUCACAUUUGUAUAUAUGAUUUUAUUUUGCGUGUCAAAAUCUUUUAGUCUCUUGUCAGAUCAUGGAUAGCCAUGGAAUUGAUUGGUGUGCCAAAUCCAAUUUCCAAAAUCUGCUGUUUGGAUGUGCACUAGUUCCAUGGAAUAAAUGAACUGAUGUAUAGAUGAGUAUCUUAAUUCUAUUAAGAGGGAUUUGAUUUCCAAAAUUGAUAAUUUAGCCCCCCAUUUGUUUGACUGA